UGAAGUCGACUGUGCUUUGUAAAACCGGCUCACCGACCCUCGGGACCUGCAGUGCCUCUGGAUUCCAGCCUCCGGGUCUCCAUGCCAGACAGUCUGAGCAUGCGAGUCACACUUGCUGUGACACACUGGAUGCUCUCUGUGGUCUCCAGUUCUUCCUCUCCAGCAAAUACUUUGCCAGAUAUCGAAAAUGAAGAUUUCAUCAAAGACUGUGUUCGAAUGCACAACAAGUUCCGAGCAGAAGUGACUCCAAAAGCCAGUGAUAUGCUAUACAUGACUUGGGACCCAGUACUAGCCCAAAUUGCAAAAGCAUGGGCAAGGAACUGUCAGUUUGCACACAACAUACAGCUGAAGCUACCCCACAAGCUGCACCCAAAUUUCACUUCACUGGGAGAAAACCUCUGGACUGGGUCUCUGUACCUCUUUUCUGUGUCUUCAGCCGUCACAGACUGGUACAACGAAAUUCAGUACUAUGACUUCAAGACUCGGAAAUGUGACAAGGUCUGUGGCCAUUAUACUCAGAUUGUUUGGGCAGAUAGUUACAAAGUUGGCUGUGCAGUACAGUUUUGUUCUCGAGUUGCUGGCUUUGAAAGUCUUCGCAAUGGAGCACAUUUUAUAUGCAACUAUGGACCAGCAGGCAAUUACCCAACCUGGCCAUAUAAAAAAGGAUCCACAUGCAGUGCCUGCCCCAGUAACGACAACUGUCUGGACAAUCUUUGUGCUAACCCACAACGAGACAAAGUGACACGUUACUACUCUGUUGUGUUUCCAGACUGGCCAAUAUUUCCACGUAACAGAUACACAUCUCUUUUCCUCAUUGUUACUCCACCAAUCCUAAUACUGAGUGUUAUAAUUAUCAGUUUGGUCAAGCACAAAUACCCUCAUUUAGUUCUUCUGAACUAAUACAAUCCAGGGGGGGAAAAAGCCUCAUUCGUACAUGGCUUUAAAAAAUAAAAUUGGGUGUUAUUUCUAA